GCGGAACCGCGGCUGCGGCGGCUUCCUGCCUCGGGAGGAAGGAGCCGCGGUUGAAGUUGCGCGUCGGGGUCUGCGCUGGCCCGAGGCACCGGCGGCGGCCGCCCGGGAGGAUGCGGCGGGCAGAGAUGAAACCUGGGAAAUCAUCACAUCUAAAGGAUUUACUUGGAGUAAAAGAUCACUGACUUCUACAAUGGAAAAAUCAUGGAUGCUUUGGACCUUUGUUAAAAGAUGGCUACUAGCUUUGGCUUCCUGGUCUUGGAGUCUCUGCCGUAUUUGUCUUUUACCCCUGAUAGUGACUUUCCACCUGUACGGAGGCAUUAUACUACUUAUAUUAAUAUUUGUAUCAAUAGCGGGUAUAUUAUAUAAAUUCCAGGAUGUGCUGCUUUACUUUCCUGAACAGCCCUCUUCAUCACGCCUUUAUGUUCCUAUGCCUACUGGUAUACCACAUGAAAACAUCUUCAUCAAAACCAAAGAUGGAGUUCUUCUCAAUCUUAUCCUGCUGAGAUACACAGGGGACAAUGCAGCUUAUUCUCCAACCAUCAUUUACUUUCACGGCAACGCAGGCAACAUCGGCCACAGGUUGCCAAAUGCUUUGUUAAUGCUGGUAAACCUGAAAGUAAACUUGAUUCUGGUCGAUUAUAGAGGGUAUGGAAAAAGUGAAGGAGAAGCAAGUGAAGAAGGCUUGUACUUAGAUUCUGAGGCUGUGUUAGACUAUGUGAUGACUCGGUCCGAUCUUGAUAAAACAAAAAUUUUUCUUUUUGGCCGUUCCUUGGGGGGAGCAGUAGCUAUUCACUUGGCUUCUGAAAAUUCCCAUAGGAUUUCUGCCAUUGUGGUGGAGAACACCUUUCUUAGCAUCCCUUAUAUGGCCAGCACUUUGUUCUCUUUCUUUCCAAUGCGAUAUCUUCCCUUAUGGUGCUACAAAAAUAAAUUUCUGUCCUACAGAAAAAUCUCUCAGUGCAGAAUGCCUUCUCUCUUCAUCUCUGGGUUGUCUGACCAGUUAAUUCCACCAGUUAUGAUGAAGCAACUUUAUGAAUUAUCCCCAGCUCGGACUAAGAGAUUGGCAAUAUUUCCUGAUGGAACUCAUAAUGACACUUGGCAGUGCCAGGGUUAUUUCACUGCACUUGAACAGUUCAUCAAAGAAGUAAUAAAGACUCACUCCCCUGAAGAAAUGGCGAAAACAUCAUCUAACGUGACAAUAAUAUAAUUGAUAUUCUUCUUUGGGGUAGGGUGGGGGGAGUACCUGCACUGUACCUUGAUUUGUGAUAAGUGGUAAAAGAAUGUCCAUUUUUAAAUGUAUGUCAUGUCUGUACUUGCCUAAAGAGUGAAAUUAAACUUGGAAAGGUCUGAUAUUUUAUUAAGGUGUUCCAGAUAACUUUUACAUUUGCAGCAUUGUAAAUGAACCAUUUUAUGUCUUUCUCAUACUUUUUUGGUAUCUCUGUCCCUAAAUUCCAUUUCUUUGAUAUGUACAACAGAUGCUAUUAAAGGAACUUGCUACAAAAGUAGUACAGAAUGUAUUAGUUUAGAACAUCAGGAGGCUCUUCAGUAUUCACUGCUGUAUGUGUGAGCUUUUUGGACAGCCAUGGUUAGCACAAUGAUUUGUUGCUUCUCUUAGAGUUUAUUUACAGUGUGCCAUGCAUGAGAUUAGUGUUUUAUUCCUUGAAAUUUUAUAUUAUGCAAAGUGGGAAGUCUUUAAUGUGCUAAAUAAUAUAAAAUAACAUUAAUGGUAGAGUAUACAUGCAGGUAUACUAUCCUGGGUUAUUAUUAGUUUUUUAUGGUUAUGCAAACAUAUAUAUUUCAAACUGCAACUGAAAAUGAAAAAAAAAAAUAUUUUCCCUGUUUUCAUUUUACUAUUUGUAUUAUAAUAGUGCACAGAAAGUUGUAUGUGCCUAAACAUCACGACUUCAGGAUUUUACCGAUUUUGCCAUAGAAAAUAGAAGUAACCUUCAGAAAGACAGCAGUGCAAUCUAAGCUCCCUUCUGCCUCAAGCUUUCCUCACUGAUGUACACGCAAACUAUUUGUUACUGGUAAUCUGCUUGUGCAUUUUGAGGUGGUAUUUCUCAAGGUGAAAUGGGUGGUCAUACGUACAAGGUAAAAGUAGGUAUCUGUGUUAGUUUUUUAGGCUGGUAGUUAAAUGUAUGUGCCCUUUAUUUAUACCUCCAGAAGAAACAAAUUCAAAUAAUAAUCAGCCAUCACUUGAUUAGAGAUGAAUAUAUACAGUUGUUACAAUAAGGAUAAUAAAAAUGGGCAGGUAGUCUAGGCAGUGCUAUUAUUGAGAGUAGGAAGGCUCUGCAGAUACUGACUGAUCAAUGGGCCAAAGCCAAUGGUAUGAGGUUCAACAAGGCCAAGGGCUGGGUCCUACACUUGCGUCACAACAAGCACAGGCAGCACUACAGGCUGGGGGAAGAGUGGCUUGAGAGCUCCUCAGCAGAAAGGGACUUGGGUGUGUUGGUCAACAUCCAGCUAAGGAUGUAAGGACAUAAGGCAGUACUGUGUCUGGGUGGCCAAGAAGGCCAAUGGCAUCUCGGCCUGUAUCAAAAAUAGUGUGGCCAGCUGGACUAGGGCAAUGAAUGUCUGUCUGUACUUGGCACUGAUGAUGCCACAUCUUGAGUUCUGUGUGCAGUUUUGGACCCCUCAUGACAAGAAAGACAUUGAGGUCCUCGAGCGUAUCCAAAGAAGUGCAAUGGAGCUGGGGAAGGGCCUAGAGGGCAAGUCCUAUGAAGAGCAGCUGAUGGAGCUGGAGUCGUUUAGUGCGGAGAAAAGAAGGCUCAGGGGAGAUCUUACCGCUUUCUACUACCUGAAAGGAGGUUUUAGCAAGGUGGGUUUUGAUCUCUUCUGCCAUGUCUCAAGUGGAAGGACGAGAGAAAAUGGCCUUAAGUUGCGUCAGGGAAGGUUCAGAUUAGAUAUUAGAAAAAUAUUUUCACUGGAAGAGGUGCUAGGCCUUGCACUAAGUUGCCCAGGGAGGUGGUGGAGUCACCAUCUCUGGAAUUAUUCAAGAACCAUCUGGAUGUGGCACUUGAAGAUAUGGUUUAGGAGUGGCUAUGGUGGUCUUAGUUGAUGGUUGGACUAGAUGAUCAUGAAGGUCUUUUCCAGCCUUGAUGAUUCUGCAAAGACAUAUGCUGUUAGCUCAGUCUGUAUUGGAGUAUGGGAGCGAUUUAUAUCUCUUCUGCAGGUUUAAUUUCCCAUCCACUGCAGCUGAUUUCGCCUCUUCCAAAUAUUUCUUUAUUGGGAAGAGCAAACUGGAAAAUCUUCCACACAAUCUGUAUGAUUGCCCUUCAGAUUGAAAUUUUUAAAUCAACGUUUAUACCAUGUUGUUCUGAUUCAGAAAAGCAUCUCAGCACACACCUAAAAUCUGUUUCCUGAGGGACAAUGGUAUUUUAAGCUUGUGCUUAAGUUCUUUGGUUGAAUAAAACUGCUUUCCUGAACUGGUGCCUUAAUGGUUAUGCCUCCAAAUGGAAUUACAGUUCUUCUGUACACAUGGAUAAUAGUUAUCAGCAAUUUGUAGAUAGGGUGAUACAUCUUUACGUAAAUGUGACCUUUUUUUUUUUUUUUUAAAUUUUUAAAUAUAUUCA